AUGGCUUCCCGAGAACUGAUUGACGCUCAGUUCGAUCGUGCAGUCGAGAUUGUGCAAAGCUUGCCCAAAACAGGGCCUAUACAAACUGACUAUGAAGAGAAAUUGACCAUGUACAGCCUCUUCAAACAAGCAACUGCGGGCAACGUUAAAUCUCCCCGUCCUGGCAUUUGGGAUAUGCUUGGAAGGGCUAAAUGGGAUGCUUGGGCUAAACACAAAGAUUUGGAUUCCUAUGAAGCAAAGUGGUUAUAUGUCGAUGCUUUGCUUAAGGUCCUGCGCAAGUACUCAGACAAGACUGUUGCAAUGAAUCUCGUGGAGGAAUUGGAAUCUUAUGGCGGAGAUCCAUCACAUAUUAUCAUGAGUCGUACCCUUUCUCAAUCUGAUCGUUCAGACUCAUCUGGUUCAACAGUAUCUGAUGGAGAUGCACCGAUACCCAGAGGUGCCCCUAUCACGGGUGAUAGACAGAAUAUUCCUCGACACGAGGAAGAAACGGAUUCAAAUUCCGAAGAGGAUUCAGAAGAUGAAGCGCGCGACCUUCCAACUCUGAAUACCGGAAGAAUGUCUGUCGAAAACCGCCCACAAUCAUCUCUCUCUUCUCACCGCUAUCGCACCCCGCUCGCAGGAUCCCUAGCAAUGUCUCCCCCUCCUCCGGUUCAUCAACGAGUCCCUUCCCAGCAACCUCUGCCUGGCUUUGAGACUCCUUCCGCGUUUGCAGACACCACUGUCUCUCCACAAUAUCCUCCUUCUAAUCAGUACCCUGGCCACUUUUCAGAGACCUCAAGAAUACAAGCCGUCUCACCCCCCAAUCAAUACCCUGCUCAGCCAAGCUAUAACUUCCAGUCCCAAUCUCACCCAUCACAAUACGUACCUUUACGUCCACCGUCAGGCAUGGCGUUAGAGCGGGCGGUGGAAAAUGUUCAAGUACAACUAGCUGCCCUUUCCGAGAGGCUGGAGACGUUGGAAUCUCGCUCUCUGCUAUUAUCCCGAUCGAAUGUAUCCAUAAGUUCUCGUGGAAAUGGAGGUGGAUCUCCCUCGUGGGGAGGUGAGAGAAGGACGUCCAACGACCGCAACGUGCCUAUAUGGGACAUCGAUGAUCUUGGGAUGUGGUCCAUGGUCCUAAAUCCCUUAUCCCGCGGACUGGAUCGCUUGCGAGAACUGUCUGUCUUCUUUGCAAGCAAUCAAAACCGGACACCUUCUAUGAUAAUUAUUCGCCGGCUAUGCCUCGACGUUUCUUUCUUGCUAUGUGUUGUUAGUAUUAUUGGCGCCCUGUGGAGAAAGAGCGGUGUGAGGAGGAGAGAGGUCAGAGCCGCACUUAUUGUUCUUUGGAGGGCAAUUGUUGGUUCAAAGCAGCAGCGAUUGCUUGUGGAUCAAGGUGUUUAG